GGUGCUUCCGCAGGACUGUAGUUCCAGGAGAAGGGGUGACCGCGUCCCAAAGCCGUGGGAAAAGGGUUUUCCAUCUUUGCACCCGGUGUGGAAAGACCCUGGCCCUGGGCAUUGACAGUGUACCCAAUUUUCUCGGCCAAGGGGGUGGUGAUAACGGAGACAUUUGGCAUCAGAGGGGUGGGCAGGCGGAAGUGGCGGUCUGGACUCAGGUCACAGGUGAGCACCUUGACUUUUGAGCCCUGCGCAGGCUGGCGAAGCCAAGAUGUCCCACUCUUUGGUUUGUCCAGAGACCGUGAGCAGGGUGAGCUCCGUGCUGAAUCGCAACGCCCGGCAGUUUGGGAAGAAACACCUGUUCGACCAGGAGGAGGAGACCUGCUGGAACUCAGACCAGGGCCCCUGCCAGUGGGUGACGCUUGAGUUCCCCCAGUGCGUCCGCAUCUCCCAGCUGCAGAUCCAGUUCCAGGGGGGCUUCUCAAGUCGCCGGGGCCGCCUGGAAGGCUCACAGGGCAGCGAGGCGCUUUGCAAGAUUGUGGACUUCUACCCUGAGGACAACAACUCCCUUCAGACCUUUCCUGUGCCAACCACUGAGGUGGCCCGGCUGAAGGUGACCUUCGAGGACAUGGCUGACUUCUUUGGUCGGGUGGUCAUCUACCACCUUCGGGUGCUGGGAGAGAAGGUGUGAGGCUGCCUCUGUCAGGAAGCCCCCAGGGGAGCAUGACCAAGCAGCCAAGCCAUGGAGUUUUGCAAAGAAGUUUUAUUGGUUCCUCUUGAGACCGCCCCCUCCCACCACUGUCCAGCCUCAUCUCCCCUGCUGGAGAGCUGGAGCUGCCUCUGAAGCCAGCUGGGUGGCUCCGGCUCUGGGCUGCCUGGUUUGUUCCCUGAGUGUCCGAGUCCCAGGUGGUGGCCAUCACUCGGGGUCAGCGGGCACAAGGUCCCUCUGGAAAAGCUUGAGAAUGUGGUUCUCGAUCACCUGUUGCACUGGGGACAAAGACAGGGACAGGAGCUGAGGUGGGGGCUUCCAGGCCCCACCAGCUGCACCUGCCCCUUAGGGAGUGGACAAUGGGGUCUUCUAGCCCCCAGGCCCUGGUGGUUCCGCGGACUCCAUCCCACCUCUUCCUAGCUUACACCUGGACUGUGCAAGCCUUCUCUCGAGCUUUUAAGGAUGCUCUCACCCUUGGCGAGUUUUUAAAGCUUUAAAGGUUAUUUCUUAGCAAGCCAAAA